AUGAGAGUCUCCAGCCGAAUUGACGGGUCGAUAUGCGGCGCGAUCCUGCACGUCCUGUACCCCCCAUUGUCGCCCCUUAGGCCCUCGCCGUCCUUGCGCUCGUCGGCCCAGAGCCCUUCCAGCUGCUCCUCCUCCCGUCUGCCGACUGCGUCACAGCAGCCCCGACGGUGUCUCUCGCUGCUCGCUACCCGUCGACGACCCUCCCCGCUAACACUCUCCUCGAGCUCAAGGAGGCGUUUGCUGCUAUGCGUUCAAGCUCUUCAAACAUCACGUUUGCGCUUUGACGGCGACCCAGCCGCUGUGCGUGUUAACCAUGCUGCUGCUGCGACGGUAGAGAACUCUGGCCCUGAACCAGAGCAUGAGGGCUACGCUGCUCCUGAACCUCAGCCAUUACCCUCACCUUCAUCCUCCUCUCCUAAUCCGUCGACCACAACUGGCCCAGCAAUUACUCCACAGCAGCCCCAAACGAGGAAGAAGCAGAAGCAUCUGAAGCCAAUACGACGCCCCCUCACUAAAGAAGAGCUGCUGGCAUUAGUCGACCCCUACGAUGACACCGAAGAAAUCGGCCGCGUCGAGGACUACCUCCAAUACCUCCGGGACCCUUACAUGCGGGGCUAUGCCGAACCCGAGCAGCCCAAAGUUACCCUAGCCCGAACGGCUGAAGACGAAGAGUACCCAUCCCUCGAGCAAGUCCUUGAACCCGCCGAUGAAGGGACCCGCCACGUCCUCUGGGAACUGCGCUUCGCAGUCCUCACCCGGCUGCGUAGCCCACACAAGGUCGACCUCGACCACAUCUACGAACUCUACCAACGCCUUCCCGAACCGCGUAUGCUCUAUCUCCACGCACGCUUCCGGCACCAGCUACUUCGCGCCCUAGGCCAGCCCGACGAGCGCGACUCAGCCAGCAUGCUGCGCUACUUCGCCGUCAUCGCCGACGUGAAAAACACCGGGAUCCCGCUCACAACAGCCGAAUGGAACUGCGCCAUCGUCUUCGCCACUAAGUACGUCGGCCGCGUAACCGACGUCGAAGUUGACACCGCCCUCAAGCUCUGGCGUGAGAUGGAGCUCGAGGCCGGCAUCCGCGCAACAGACGUCACCUUCAACAUCCUCUUCGACGUGGCCACCAAGGCUGGCAACUUCCCCCUCGCGGAGAUGAUCUACCGCGAAAUGGAGUCCCGUGGCCACCGCUACAACCGCUACCACUACACCUCCCUGAUCCACUUCUUCGGCCUCAAGCAUGACACCUCCGGCAUGCGUGCCGCCUACCGCGAGAUGGUUGAAGCAGGCGAAAUAAUCGAUACGGUGGUCCUCAACGCCAUGAUAUCGGGGCUGCUCCGCUCCGGCGAAGAAGCCCCUGCCGAACGCAUCUACGAGCGCAUGAAGGCCCUCUCCCUCGGCCCCUCCUCAACAAACCCCUUCUCCCCCAACUCACCUCCUAUCCUCCCCGUCCGAACGCCUCUAAGCGACCGUUUCAUCACCCAAGCACUCCUUAUGCUUUCUAAACUCUCCCGCCGCCACCCCCACGCUCAACCUCACCUCCAAGAUAUGGCACCAUUAGCGCCCGACCUGCAGACCUACCGCAUUCUGGCCAACCACUACGGUGUGAAGCGCGGCGAUUUGGGCCGCGUAGCGGCCUACCUCGACGACAUGAAACACUUUCAUAUCCCCCUCCACCAUAGCAUCUUUUUAGCUUUAUUCAAAGGCUUCGCCCGGCAUGGGGGGUAUCCUCGUUCACCGUGGAGUGAGCAGCGGCUGGAAGGGAUUUGGAAUGCAUUGUUGCAGGCGCUUGAUGCUGCUCAGGAGGGGGAGGGGGGAAUAGAAGUGCGGACGUGGCUGGCUAUUUGGUGCUUGAGGGCGUUUGCGAAGUGUGCGGGGAGUAGGGAGAGGAGGGUGCUGGAGGUGUAUGAUGUGUUGAAGGCGCGGUGGGCGCUCAGUCCAGAGGAGGAGCAGUUUAUGGGAGAUUUUUUGAGUGGAUUGGUUAAUCGAGGGUUUGGGAAGUAG